AUGGCAGGCUGUGAUGGAGCCAAGUCAUCGGCGUCCAUGGAGGAAGAGGCAUGCGCGGAGAAGAAGUACGGAGGAAUUGCACCCAAGAAGCCUUUGAUAUCCAAGGACCACGAGCGCGCCUACUUCGAUUCUGCAGAUUGGGUGCUGGGCAAGCAAGCUGCAAACAGCAGUACAAGGGCCGCUGUCGAGUCUCUCAAGCCCAAGCUGAAGAGAACGCCUCACCACCAGCUGCCCCCUCGUAAGCCCACCUGCGCUUCCAGUUGA